UAAUGUUCCGCUCCUUGUCCCUACUUCCAUCCGUCGGCUCUGUGAGGUGCUUUCCACCACACUGCAGUUUGGUUAGUCCCAAAGCAGAGGUGCAGCUGCAAUCAGACUUGUGUCAGCGCUGCUCGGUCCGCCGUAGAAAAAGAGAUCAAAAGCGUCCUGGAGCUGUGUAUACAUACCUCGCCGGCUUAAAGGAGAGAUUGAGAAAAACAACCCCCCAAAAAAACCCGCGUUUAAAUCGCGACGGCUGAUCAACAACGACUGCUCUGCGUCUGUCGACCAACCGCCGCUGCCACCGACGGCUGACGUCCGCUAGUGGACCACGAAAAGAGGAGGAGUCUGUCUGCGAGCUCGCGCGAGUCGACGAGUGAAACAGGCACAGUUGUUGUCGGGGCUCCGCUCACCGGUUAGUUUUCCCGGUGAACGUUCAAACCGGCGGACUUGAUGCCACUCUGAUUGCGCAUCCUGACCGCAGCGGUUGUACACAACUGGGUCAGUCCGAGUACAACAGCGGCUGAAAGAGGAGGAGGAGGAGGAGGAGGAGGAGACCGUCGGCCACCGUCGGCCACCGUCCGUUCCUGAAAAUCGCGGGAACAUCGCCAGGCGACGCGAAGAGUCGGCUGUCGGAGGAUUCUCUAUUAAAUCUAUGACUGGGGUCCUCUCAUCUUGAAGGCAGCAAUGGAAGUUGUUGUGACUGAGGAGAAGAAGAAAAUUUUCCGUGCCAGGAAAACCAUGAAGAUCAGUGAUCGACAGCAACUGGAGAGUCUUCACAGCACCUUGUUGACUACAGCUCCAGGAUUGUCCAACCCAUCACCGCCACCUCUAAUGAAUGGCACGCACAAAGAGGAUGGACAAAAAGUGGGGGACAAAGAGCAAAACAACACCUUGGACUCAAACUCCCCCCAUGCUGUUUCACCUGCCUCUCCUGCUCCUUUCCUGUCCCUUAGCCUGUCGCCUUCACCUGCCUCUUCACAAAGUCCAAAAGCGAAGGAAGGAACUCCCACUUCUCCUACAUCACCAUUCCACUCUUUAAACUUUGAACUGAAAAAGAUGGAGGAGGACGAGGACGAGGAGAAGACAGGGUCUUUGCCGCCCUCGUUAAAUGACCCUGUUACACUAGCAGAAACAGAAUCUAAGGAAAAGCAGGGGAAAAAGACAGAAGUGAUUCCAGAGGUGGAAAAGAAAACGGAGGAACAGACUACAGCAGAGGACCCAGCAGAGGAUUUGGUGAAGGAGUCUGUCAAAGGUUUGGUUCCACACUCGCCUGUGCCACCUCAAGUAUCUGACUGUACAGAACCAAUGGAUACAGAUAAUGACACUACAAAGGCUGAGGAUCCUGAGGCCUCCAAAGCCAAAAUGACAGAUAAAAAGCCUUCCUCGCCUAAAUCUAUAACUUCCGAUUCGUCUCCUUCUUGUUCAUCCUCGUGUCAUCCAGCUUCCUCCUCUGGUGCGAAUCUGAAACAAGAAAAAGCAAUCAAAAAGGAGGGCAUAAAAAAAGAGAAGGGUGACAAGGAAGAUGUGAAGAAAAGAUCCAUCAGUGUGGAAAAGAUGGAGGUGGACUUGGUUAGUGUACAGACCAAAGAGGAAAAAACUCCUGUUGGAAAAACCCCAAAACCAUCUCGACCUUCGUCCACUCCACCAUCUAAUACAGUGCUAGAGGAGCGGGGCUCGACCUCCGGACUCAAACGCACUUUAUCAGAGGGUUCUGAAAAAGAGGUACAAAUCGUGAAACGAGAGGGGAAGAGGCCCAAGGUGGAACGUGGGGAGUUGGAGGCGCAACUGGAACUUAAAAUUACUGCAAAAGCUGGCAGUCACCAUAAACUUGAAAAGAUUGUACAACAGCUGGUGGAUGAACGGUUGAGGGUCUUGGAGCUGACAAUUUUCGGCAAGGAUUUCGAAGAACUCAAGGACAGAGUAGACAAGAUCGACUGUGCCACCAAACACCAAACCGCCAUUAAUGCACUCCAAGCCAAGAUAGCCCGAUUAGCAAAGAAGUUUGGUGAAGCUAAUCAGGCAUCGGAGAAUAAAAGGAAACAAGAGGCACUUGCUGCAGCUACUGCCGCUUCUGCUGCAGCUACUGCUGCCUCUGCUGCCAAGACUGCAGCUGCUGCAAACAGCCCCCAAGUUCAGCGGCCGAUGCGGACUUCCAUGGAGGUAAAGCAGACACCAACAACAGUUUCCUCCUCCAAUACAGCUGCAAAUCAAGCCCUAACAGCUCUGCAAGCCCCUGUCCCAACAUCCACAGCCAUGGUUCAGCAGGCCCCCAUCCUCCAGCUGAUCACCUCCACCUCCAACGCUGCCUCCAGCUUGGCCACUGGCAUCACCACGCAGAGUCCGAUGGGCACUCUCCUGUUGAAGACGGCAUCUGGGAGCAGCAUGAUGGCAACAGGCCAGCCGCUCCUCAUCCAGCUGCCUUUAUCAGUGACUAACGGCCAGGGAGGGACACUGGUCAACAUCCCCGUCUCGUCCUUGUCUGCAGCCAACUCUCUCGGCAAAGGCAAAACCACUGCCACCACCACCACGUUUAUCCUCAAGCCUGCUCCCAUCACUACCACAGCGACAGCGUCUGCCCCAACUGCUGCUACUGUUUCAGCGCUGCAGGCCUCCUCCGGCCAUAUGUCUCCUUCCCAGAUCUCCCUUGCCCGUGCCGUGUACCAGGGGGGCACUGGGGGGAUAACUACGCCCAAUGCUGGGGUAUCGGUGACAACGGCCAGGACGCCAGCUCAGUCUGUCUCUGUAGCUGGUGCCAUGUCGUCAGCCUCCUCACCUGCAACGUCCGGGCCAGCAGCUACAGGUUCCACUGCUCCAGGACCCCCACAAGGGACAUCAUUGACAUCAAAGACAGACAACCAAGCUACGGCAGCUGCUCCAUCCAAAGCAGCCGGGGCACGACCCAAAGGCUCGGUCAUCGAUCUCACUGAGGAUGAUGAUGACGUGCAAGUGACAGGAGUGAAGAAUGUCGCUGUGGCAGCUCCCUCUCCGACCCAGCGUCCUCACCCAGUCGUCAACAUUCUCAGCAGUGCAGGUGCAGGAGCAAGGUCGUCACCACAAAGCAAUCAGAACUCUCCCAGCAUUCCUCAGAUGACAAUUCACCACCGCCCCCCACUGGACUCUCCGAUGAAACCGCGCACUGUAACCAGUACUACACCGGCCAGGGGCUCCAGUAUGGCGUUGCCCCCUCUCCCCACAGCACCCGCACAUCCACGUUUAACCCUAGAGGCCGAGCGUUCCUCGCCUCCUCAGCAACCUCAGCUGAAGCUUGUGCAAAGUCAAACUGGUAUAGUUCUUUCCUGGUGUGUGGCAGAAACUGAUCGUACCUGUGCAGCUGUAGACAGCUAUCACCUCUAUGCCUUCCAUCAAGACAACUCCAGCGGCAAUGCUGCGCAACAGCACUGGAAGAAGAUCGGGGAGGUGAAGGCCCUUCCUCUGCCAAUGGCCUGUACGCUGACCCAGUUCCAGUCUGGCUCCACGUAUCAUUUUGCCGUUCGAACCAAAGACAUCUACGGGCGCUUUGGCUCCUUCUGUGAACCUCAGUGCACAAAUGUCAUCAGUUCCACCAGCUCAAGUUAAGGGAUGGAAACGUUGUUUUGCAUUUUAAAGUUCAUGACUUCCGUUGCCUCUUUAUUGUGCGUUGAAUACAUACAGUAUCUGUAAAUAUCUAAGCAGUGAACGGUUGGUUUUGUCUGGUUAAUGUAUGUAUUGUAUUUUUUGUGACCCGAGUUGUUGUAUAUGAGUCAAUUACUUUUCCUCUUUACCAAGUCAGAUAUUUAUGUUGACUCCUGUUACUCUGACCUGGAUUUCUUUGGCUUUACUGAAGAAGAGAUGACAGGAUUAUCCGUGUAUACUCGAGAAUUGCACAGGAAUGUAUAAAUGUGUGGUAGAAGCAGAAUGAUAACUUUUGUAAAUGUUGUCUGGCAACCAGACUUUGACAAACACAAUAAAAGUUUUUAUUAAAA